ACGCUGGGGCCAUUCAAUGCUGUGAGAAGGGCCAGCUGUCCCUUCUUUCUGCUGUUCUCCCACCCUUCCCCCCUCCCUGCAGCUUAGGCUCGGCUGCUUCCCUCCAGCCCCAGGGUUGUGAGGGGAGGGAUGUCGGGGCAGCGCAGCCACGCCCUCCUCUGAUCAGGACCAAGCUCUGCCAAUAUCGUCUCCACUGCGGUAGGCUGUGGAGGCUGCGCACUGUGCGGGGACUGCGGUAACAGCGGUGGCGGCGGCGGCUGGCAGAAGCUUCAGAUGCCGAGAGAAUGACCAGGGCAGCGGUGCUGCGGCAGCCGCGGGGCUGCCCCGGGCGCCGGCGCAUCAGGUUCCUCCGGGGGCUGCUGCUGCUACACUUGCUGCUCCUGGCACCGCGGUCGGAAGCCUCGGAUCCUCAGGUACCCCUGUUGCUGUGGUCCAGUUCCCCGGGUUUGCGGCCCUCCGUGGAAAACCCCUAUGAAGGCCACAUCUACACCCGUCCUGAACUUUACACCUGCCUGGACCCCAUCUUGGAGAAGGGCCCCCAGACUGUACUGCUGAUCCUGCAGGAAAAGCUGAGGCUGGAGGACUUCACAGCUUUUGGUGAGGUGCUUGGUGACAAGCUGGAGAGCCCCUUCCCCAACCUGCAGGAGGUCCUGGAAAGGGCCCCCUCCUCCUUGGUGCUGCCAGCGGUGGGCUGGUCUGCAGCUGCCACCUUGACCUCUUACCUGACCCAGAAGUUGGGUACCGGACCUCUCCAUGUAGACCAGGCAUCCCUAAGAGAGCUGAAGCUGAACACCACCCACCCUCUACUGCUCCUAGUGUACAUACCCUCAGCUGCCAGCACUGACUUGGGGGCUCACAAGGAAGCCCUUGCUGGCCAAGAUAAGAUCCUUGGGCAGGUCCUGAGCAGGCUCCAGGCAGAAGGAAAACCCUACACAGCCUUGCUCACUGCUCUUCGGCCUUCCAGGGCAGCCAGAGACUUGUCACUUGUGUCCCGGGGACUGGGGCAGCAGCUCCUGGGGGAGAGCCAAGAGUAUAAAGCCCAGCCAGCCUGGCCACAAGCCCUACCACCAGUAAGCUACAGUGACACGGAGCCUCGCAUCCUGUUCUGGGCCAGGCACUUCUCGGUGAGCUAUGACAGCCAGACACAAGACCUCACAUCCCUCACUUUCGGAGCCCCAGAGCUCAAUUUGACUGGCUCCAGCUGGAAUGACUCCACCGCCCAGCUCGUAAUGACCUACAACAACCUCUUCGGUCCCUUCUUGAGGCUAAGGUUCAGUAUGAUCAAUCACUUCUAUCCAGGGUCGCACCGGAGCUGGUUCACCAUGGAGGGGCUGGAGAUCAAGACCCACAACUCUACUGCCUUCUUCAGUUCCGUGCAGGUCAUUGCACCCAGCACCUACUCCUAUCACUGCCAGUAUGUAAGCAGUGACCCCACCAAAUGGGGCCUUCUGAUGCCUCACGAUCUUCGCUCCCCCUGGAGUGUAACUCUCCAGGAUUUCCAGAUCCAGGCCUUCAACCUGUCUGGUGGCAGCUUUUCGGGGGCCAGCGACUGUGCAGCCUUCUUCUCCCCUGCUAUCUGGAUGGGGUUGGUCUCUUCUCUCUUCAUGCUCUUCUGCAUUACCUUUGGGGUCCAUAUAAUCUUUAAACUCAAGUCCCUGAACCGUUUUGAUGAAUACAAAGGGGAUCCCCUCUUUGAGCCCCUUAUGGACUGAUGCUAUGGAAAGAUUGUAGGUCUAGUUGUGUGUCUGUUUUCCUCAUCCCCUUGUCCUGAAACCCUGAAAAGAGCCUCUGCUUUCACUUUGUUCCUCCUCAAUAUCUAGGGUUCCCCAUGUCUGUUAUCCUGCCUAGCUCCUCACCUCUCCCAUCUAAUUAGGCAAGAAUUGAUGAGGUGCUUCAUCUGCACUCGAUGCUGGGGACAUGAAAACAAAAAGGAAGAAGACUAUGCUCUCAAGGAGCAAGAGUUGUUUUGUUGUCUGCCCAUUUGGGGAGCACCUGUACACAGGGUUCAUAGAUCUAGAGCUGAGAAGGAUCUUACAGGCCAUCUGAUCUGACUCCCUCUUUUCACAGGUGAGGAAACAGAGACCCAAAGUAAUUAGGUGGUAUCCCAAGGUCAUAUACCUAGUAAGUGACGGAGAGAAAUGGGGUGGGAACUCACGACCUCUGACUCCAAAUUAUGAAUUUUUCCACUGCAUCAUUUUGACUUCGAUCUACCUUCCCUUCCCAACCACUGCCCUUAACAAAUAUUCUCCCACUGGAAAUCUGGGAGAGCAAAGAAAAAUGUAGAAGAGAGCUUGGCAGAGUCUUGGGAAUACCUUAAUAUGGUGAAUCUUUGCUGGUAUGGAGAAGGGAGACACAAAUUAAUAUCCUCUUCCAAUCCCUGCCACCAAAUCUAGGUCCAAUAAGGACUGUUUUAUCAGCAUGUAAAGAGAAACUCCUCAUUUAGGGGGUGGGGGUUGGAAGAGACACCAAAGCUAUUUAAAUCCCUUUUUCCUCCAUUCUGCCUGCUCUUAUACAUUUCUCCCAAGGCCAGUGUCCGUCCGUCCCGUCCCCCCCCCCCAGCAAAUCAAGAGGUAAUGAGUUUCCCUUCUUGAAGGCUGAUAAGCAAAGGCUAAAUUGCUUGUUGGCUACAGUGUCGGGGAGGUGAUUGUUCAGGGUAUAGACUUAAAUAGAUGAUAUCUCUUCCAACUCUAAGAUCCUGUGAUACUAUCAAGAAGGGUUAUACAGGGAAAAUAUUGUCUGCCUGUAUGUGAGAGAUUUGUGGGCCUGUUUCUGGGCCAUAUGAGACUCAUGAAUGAGGACCUUGCAUGAUAGAUGGCUUCAUUCCAUAGGACCUGCAUUUAAUCUUGUAUAGACUAAUUUAUAUAUUUGGUAUCCAAUAAGGAUUAAUAUCCUCCCCCACCCUAGCACUUAGUAUAGUGUCUGAUAAAUAGGGAGGGUUUAAUAAAUGCUUUUUUCAUUAAAUUUAUUCCCCUUCUUGUCUGCUGAGCCAUAAGAGCUCAGGAGACUCAGGUGGACACAAAGGGCUUUUUUUCCUUCCUGGCUGAGAAUCACAUAGAGUGGUUCCAGCUGGGUCCCCAGUGUUGGGUGAGAGAGGAGGCAAAUGCCCUCUCUCUCACCUGGCCCCCACGUGGUCAUGACGUGGCCGCCCUUAUAUUUGAUGUUUGUUCUUACUUAACCUUUGGUGAGUGACUAUCCCCUGGUGCAUGUGUCCAGGACUGAGUGUGCUUGUGAAUUCCCAAAGUCUGAAGAGUACCAGAGGAAUGGGAGUGUGGCCAUUAAUUUUUUCACAAAGCAGGGGUGGUUCUUCACCUGGGAAGCUUCUGCAUCAGAGUUUUAUGGGCAAAGAUAAGAGGUCUGGUGGAAUCCUGGCACUUGUUACCAACAAAAGGUGGGCUAAGAAUGGUUGGGAAGUGUGGGGUUCUGUGAAGACACUGGUACAUCGGUGUACUUUCUGUUGUACUGAAACUUAAAUGUUGGCUUCUUAAUUUACUGUAACCAGUUAUGACCUAAAUGGUGUAAUUCCUUUUAAACUUAUUCUGUGACUGUGUGCUGUGAUUCUUUCAUGUUCAGCAAUUCUUUCAGAGUAGGAAUAAACGAUUUGUUUCAUACCCGA